AUGUUUGAUCGCGUCUUUGUAUCUCCCCGGAGAGCUGACGCAUCUCUCCUACGGUGCCUAGUUCUCGGAUCUUCUUCCAUAGGUGAGAUGGAGCGCUUAAUCUCCCGUAAAUCUAGACACGAAUACGUACAAUGCUGUGCUCGUCAUUCGACAUUCGCAGCGAGAAAUCUCCCAUAUUUCCCCAACGCAAAGUUAGAAGCUUCUUCGACCGACGUUAAUGCGAUCAAUUCUUCCCUUCUAAAGACCAGCGUCGGGAAUAAUCAGGCCAAGGAGAGAGUUCUCUUCGCAUAUUCUUUAACCCUUGCAGAGAGGAAAGACUGGCGCUUUGUCUUCGCGCUCAUGCAGUCCAAUGCGAUUAGAGAAAUCGGGCAUACGACCGCUUUACAUUUCGUAAGCGCAUUGCAUCAGAAGAAACAUCGCGCCGUCAUGCGUGAUCUUCUUCAAAGUAGACAGCGGGAGCUUGGGGGGAUUCAUGCAUCGGCGUAUUUUCCGCGGAAACAGAGAGGUAAAGCGCCUAUGAACUCACCAACAUGGUGUAACUUCUGCUUUACCACACCCUUGGUCCAGCAUCUGAGCUCGAAGACUUGGCGGCAUCCACUCCACGGUGCAACUGGCGCAAGAGAGUACGGCCGACAGUCCAAGAAAUAUUUCACAGCAGGUGCCCUGAUUGUGCUGUGUCUAUUCCAGUAA